GCGCUUCCUCGCGCAUGCGCAUUGGCUGCAGCCUGGGCAAUUUGUCAGUACUCGUGAGAGAAUUUGGAUCUGCAGUAUUUGGAGGAAGAAUGGAAGAUGCAGCCCUAAGUGAAACAUCACAAGACUUUGAUGUUUAUAAUGCUAUGGACUGGAAGGAUGGUAUUGGGACAUUACCAGGUAGUGAGUUAAAGUUCAAAGUAAACGAAUUUGGAGUUCUGGAGGUGAUCACAGAUGAUGCUGAAGUUGAAAAUGUUAAGAAGGCACAUGCUACCACUACGUGGUCUGUACCCACUGCACAAGAAGUUUUUUCAGAUACAUGGCCCACUGUUAUAAAUCAAGACAGAGCCACUGCUGACUCACUGUGCUGUGAGCGCUGUAAGGGGAGUGGCCCUUUACAGGAAUUUAGUGGUAAUGGAAGGUUUUGCAGUGAAAAGUGCUUCCAUGAAACUCUGAAGGUCAAUCGUACAACAAGAAAUGAGAAUAUUAAGUCAGAUUGUGAAGAAUUGUCUAGAAGCAUCAGGAAAAGAAAACUGAAGUUGCCUGUGAUUAUUCAAGGACAUCAUAAGGAAAAUGGGCAGGAGCUCAAGGAGGAGAAGGAUGACCCACUUGAUAAGAAGAUACAGAAAGGAACACAAAGAAUACGAAGACGACGACGUAAUGAUGCUUCCCUGCUAAAGCAUACUGUGCCUUAUGGAGGAAAGCGAAAGUCAUGGUGCUGGGCUUCUUAUCUUGAGCAAGAAAAAGCAAUUGCAGUACCUAGCAAACUUUUCAAAGAGCACCAGACAUUUCCACAAAGUAAAAACAGCUUUAAGGUGGGAAUGAAACUAGAAGGAGUUGAUCCUGAGCAUCCUUCGAAGUAUUGUGUCCUCACAGUUGCUGAGGUUUGCGGUUAUAGAAUGCGUUUACACUUUGAUCAAUAUUCAGAAUGUUAUGACUUCUGGGUAAAUGCCAAUUCUUCAGAUAUUCAUCCAGUUGGAUGGUGUGAAAAAACUGGACAUAAGCUUAAUCCUCCUAAAGGAGAACGAGAAGGAGAGUUUAACUGGCAAUCAUACCUCAAACUUUGGAAAGCUCAGCCAGCACCCAAAUCUCUAUUUGAAAAUCAGAACACAACAAUUACUCCAUCAGGUUUCCGAGUAGGGAUGAAAUUAGAAGCUGUUGAUAGGAAAAAUCCUGCAUUGGUUUGUGUUGCAACAGUCAGCGACAUGGUGGACAAUCGCUUCCUAGUGCACUUUGACAGUUGGGAUGAAAGCUACGACUACUGGUGUGAUGCUACAAGUCCAUACAUUCAUCCUGUUGGUUGGUGCGAAGAACAUGGCAAAAUUCUCACUACACCCCCAGGUUAUCACAAUAUUACACAAUUCACUUGGGAAAGAUAUUUGGACGAAACCAGCUCUUUGCCUGCUCCUGCAAGAGCAUUCAAAGUGAAACCAGCCCAUGGAUUUCAAAACAAUAUGAAGUUAGAACUUGUUGACAAAAGAAACCCUGUAUUAAUUCGGGUAGCGACUAUUGUAGAAACAGAUGAUCACCGUUUAAAGAUUCACUUGGAUGGAUGGGGAGAUGAAUAUGAUUUCUGGGUUGAUGCAGACUCUCCUGAUAUUCACCCAGCUGGUUGGUGUGCGAAAACUGGACAUCCUCUUCAACCACCAACAAAUCCUAAUGAUGUGAUUGAAUCAUCAGAAGACCGUGGUUGCCCCACUCCUGGGUGCAAUGGUAUUGGACACAUCAAAGGAGCCAGAUAUUCAGGUCACCAUAGUUCCGUAGGCUGCCCUUACUCAGACAUUAACCUUAAUAAGGAGUCGGUGCUUUCAGACCGUCUUAGUGGAGAAAUCCUUACCAAUCCAGCAGCAACAAAGAACAAACGGGCAGAAAUGAAUGGAGUUGCAACACAUUCUCUACUUGAGAAAAAUGUAACAUUUCUUCAAAACAACCAUAACAACAUCCUAAUGGAAAUAGAAGCUAGAGAAACAGAUGCUGGCCAUCAAAAAAAAACUGCUUUGUGUGAAAACAACGGGAAGAAGGCAGCUAGAGUGGGACGUCCAUGUAAGAAACAAAAAGUUCAUGGAGCAGUGGACGAAGAAGAAACAGUUGAAAGUGAGGUGUCCUCAGUAAAUGAAACCAAAGAAACAGAAGAAUUAACAUUACAACAAGCUCUUCAUCAGUCUGUCUUUAUGCCUUCUACAUCUCCCUUACCCAGUUCACCCUUGUGUUGGGAACAGCAUAGCAAACUCCUUCCCAGUGUUGCUGGAAUAACUGCAAGUAAAGUGGCACAGUGGACAGUGGAAGAGGUGACUGAAUUUAUACAGCAUCUACCAGGAUGCAGAGAACAAGUAAAAACAUUCAGAGAAGAACAAAUUGAUGGAGAGGCAUUUCUUCUGCUUACUCAAGUGGAUCUUGUGAAAAUAAUGAACAUCAAACUUGGGCCAGCCUUGAAGAUUUAUAACUCCAUCCUAAUGUUCAAAACUGCAGAAAACUCAUUUAAUGAACUUUAAAAAUUAAAAGUCUGUUUUUAUUGUCUUUUCAAAAUGAAAGGCAUCAUCACUGACGGAAUGUGAAGAUUAUUUUCUUCCAGUGUGAAUGUAUUUGAACUUCUGUGAAGUGCAAAAACAGUUUUCUAAAAUUCUCAUUUAAAAGCCAUCUUAAUGAACUGUAGUCAAGUUUGUGAAGCUUGCAGACUUUUGGCCUUGACUUCCCCUCUCUGGGCAUCCUUUUGAAGGAAGAGAGUUGUAGCAUUGAUGGCUUAAUAAAGAAACUGAAAAGAUGAUUGUUCUCAAAGCACAGGAUAGCUGGGAGCCGAUGAACUCCACUGUAAUUAUUAAUUAUGCACAAUUUGUUUGAAUACUUGCAGUCUUUUUGAUAGUUCCUUAUACUUUUCAGCCGCAUAAAAGAAACCCUUUUUGUAAGCAAACAUCAUUUGAUGUUUCAUAUAGUACAUUUGGUGCACAUGUGUCUGUGAAUGUUUUUUUUUUUAAAUAUUAGAAGAAAACUUUCAAGAAUAAUGAAGGUAUUUUCAGCAGUGUGUGUGGUUUUUUUUUUUCGUGGUCUAUCUGUAUGAUUGCAGAAAAUACUUUAAUGUGUAUUAAACCAAAGUUAUUUUUGUUUUAUUUAUUUAUGAAAGUAAGUGUAUUUUUUCCACCCACAAACUUAUUAUUGUGAAGAUUCUGCUGUCACAAGUGAAAGAUAAAUGUGUAUUGUUUUGGGUUUUGUCCAUAGACUUUGUAGUAUUGUUUUCUCCUUAUUUAGCCAUGUUGCUUUUGUGCUGAUCUUUAUGUAAUUAAAAUGCAAUUGAUCUCUUGUGUAAAUAUCAUCCAUUACAAACUGUCAACUGAUCUAUGAGCAGUAAAAAAUUGAAAUUAUUGUUUUCAAAACUGGUAAGAGGAUGAGGCAGAAAUGUUUGGUGGAAAUUGAAUAAUGCAUUGUAAUCAUCGAGACCUUGUGUGUUACAUUUCAGAAUAAACAUUUGCCUAGCAAACAAGAGUCUAAACAUCUGAAAAUGUGCACUGUAUUAUUACUAAAAGCAUUGCAUCUUUCUGAUUGCAAAGUGACAUUUUUAUUUGGAUUGCUUUUUGCCAUGUUAGCUUUCAGUUGCUGAAUUAUAGUUUGUAAGAUUAUGAAUUGAAAAUGU